UUUCGUUUGUAUAAAUAGACUCUUGUAUUGCAACAAGGAACGUGCAAGAAGCUCAUUAUUGGAGAGAAGAAGGAGAUAGCUUCAAGAAAGACACAGGUUUAAUAAGAUGUAUAUGGCUGCAGCAAAGGCGGAUGCCAUGCCGAUCAUAAGCAAGUUAUAUUGUUCGUCUUCUCAAGUAGUGCUUGUUGUUAGGAAAAGGCCUCAUGUUGUCAGCGGAGGGGGUUUUGUCGUCACAGAUUGUAGCCAAAAGGUUGUUUUUAGGGUUGAUGGAUGUGGAGUUAUUGGCACAGAAGGGGAAUUAAUAUUACGUGACAGUAUUGGUGAAGCCUUGCUACUUAUUCGUAGAAAGGGAGGCAUGGUUCAGGCCUUAAGCAUCCAUAGGAAAUGGAAAGGUUACACUUAUGACUAUGAAGGAUCACAGAAGCUGGUUUUCAGCUUAAAGGAACCAAAAUUCUCUUGUCUGGUAAGGAACAAUGCAAUAAGAGUUUCCACUGAGCCUAGAAGAAGCAACAAAGACUGGGACUUUGCGAUCAAAGGUUAUUUUCCUGAUCGGUCUUGUAGCAUUGUUGACUCCUCGGGCAAUAUUGUAGCUCAGAUUGGAAUCAAUAAGGAAGCAGACCAGUUGAUGGCUAACAAGGAUUUCUAUCAUGUAGUUGUAAGACCAGGCAUGGAUCAGGUUUUCACUUUCGGUGUCAUUGCUGUUCUUGAUUAUAUCUAUGGUGAAUCAACGAGGUGCUGAUCCAGAAGUUGUUCAAAUGUGAAGCUACAGUUCUUGUCACGUUUAAAAAAUGUCGAAUUAGUAGCUUUUGUCUCCUGAAAGCCAAUGCUAGCUCAACAUCCCUAUUUUCUUUUUUCUUUUUCUUUUUAUGGUUAAAUGAACUAGUUGGUACCCUUUGUAAGUAUAUCUUUGCAUAACUAU